AUGCGGCAGGUUUGCUGCUCAGCGCUGCCGCCGCCGCCACUGGAGAAGGCUCGGUGCAGCAUCUACAGCGACAACAGCAGCAGCAGCAGCAGCAGCAGCAGCAGCAGCAGCAGCAGCGAGAGGAGCAGCAGCAGCAGCGAGAGGAGCAGCAGCAGCAGCGAGAGCGACAGCAGCAGCAGCAGCCGCCGCCGCCGCCGCAGCAGCAUCUCCCGUCCCGCUGCGCCCCCAGAGCCGCGGCCGCAGCAACAGCCGCAGCCCCGCAGCCCCGCAGCCCAGAGAGCCACCGCCCGCUCGCGAGUCGCAGCCGCCGGCGGCAUGAGGCGCGACCCGGCCCCCGGCUUCUCCAUGCUGCUCUUCGGUGUGUCGCUCGCCUGCUACUCGCCCAGCCUCAAGUCUGUGCAGGACCAGGCAUACAAGGCACCCGUGGUGGUGGAGGGCAAGGUACAGGGACUGGCUCCGGCUGGCGGCUCCAGCUCAAACAGCACCCGCGAGCCGCCCGCCACGGGUCGGGUAGCGCUCGUGAAGGUGCUGGACAAGUGGCCGCUCCGGAGUGGGGGGCUGCAGCGCGAGCAGGUGAUCAGCGUGGGCUCCUGUGCGCCUCUCGAAAGGAACCAGCGCUACAUCUUUUUCCUGGAGCCCACGGAGCAGCCCUUAGUCUUUAAGACGGCCUUUGCCCCCCUUGACACCAACAGCAAAAACCUCAAGAAAGAGGUGGGCAAGAUCCUGUGCACUGACUGCGCCACCCGGCCCAAGCUGAAGAAGAUGAAGAGCCAAACAGCACAGGUGGGCGAGAAGCAGUCACUGAAGUGUGAGGCAGCAGCCGGGAACCCCCAGCCCUCCUACCGCUGGUUCAAGGAUGGCAAGGAGCUCAACCGCAGCCGAGACAUCCGCAUCAAAUAUGGCAAUGGCAGAAAGAACUCACGACUACAGUUCAACAAGGUGAAGGUUGAGGACGCUGGGGAGUAUGUUUGCGAGGCUGAGAACAUCCUGGGGAAGGACACCGUCCGGGGCCGGCUCUACGUCAACAGCGUGAGCACCACCCUGUCAUCCUGGUCGGGGCAUGCCCGGAAGUGCAACGAGACAGCCAAGUCCUAUUGUGUCAAUGGAGGCGUCUGCUACUACAUCGAGGGCAUCAACCAGCUUUCCUGCAAAUGUCCAAACGGAUUCUUCGGACAGAGAUGUUUGGAGAAACUGCCUUUGCGAUUGUACAUGCCAGAUCCUAAGCAAAAGCACCUUGGAUUUGAAUUAAAGGAAGCCGAGGAGCUAUACCAGAAGAGGGUCCUGACCAUCACUGGCAUCUGUGUGGCUCUGCUGGUCGUGGGCAUCGUCUGUGUAGUCGCCUACUGCAAGACCAAAAAACAGCGGAAGCAGAUGCACAACCACCUGCGGCAGAACAUGUGCCCAGCCCACCAGAACCGGAGCCUGGCCAAUGGACCCAGCCACCCCCGGCUAGACCCCGAAGAAAUCCAGAUGGCAGAUUACAUCUCCAAGAAUGUGCCAGCCACAGACCACGUCAUCCGGAGGGAAACUGAGACCACUUUCUCUGGGAGCCACUCCUGUUCUCCUUCUCACCACUGCUCCACAGCCACGCCCACCUCCAGCCGCAGACAUGAGAGCCACACAUGGAGCCUGGAACGUUCUGAGAGCUUGACCUCCGACUCCCAGUCUGGCAUCAUGCUGUCAUCAGUGGGCACCAGCAAGUGCAACAGCCCAGCAUGUGUGGAGGCUCGGGCGCGGCGAGCAGCAGCAUACAGCCUGGAGGAGCGGCGCAGGGCUGCUGUGCCACCCUACCAUGACUCCGUAGAUUCCCUGCGUGACUCUCCGCACAGUGAGAGGUACGUGUCGGCCCUGACCACGCCCGCGCGCCUCUCGCCCGUGGACUUCCACUACUCUUUGGCUACGCAGGUGCCGACUUUUGAGAUCACUUCUCCCAACUCUGCACACGCUGUGUCGCUGCCGCCCGCCGCGCCCAUCAGUUACCGCCUGGCGGAGCAGCAGCCACUGCUGCGGCAACCGGCGCCCCCAGGCCCCGGGCCAGGGCCCGGGCCAGGCGCGGACAUGCAGCGCAGCUACGACAGCUACUACUACCCGGCGGCUGGGCAGGGACCGCGGCGUGGGGCCUGCGCGCUGGGCGGCAGCCUGGGCAGCCUGCCUGCGAGCCCCUUCCGCAUCCCAGAAGACGACGAGUACGAGACCACGCAGGAGUGCGCGCCCCCGCCACCGCCGCGGCCACGAGCGCGCGGCGCGUCCCGCAGGACGUCGGCGGGGCCCCGGCGCUGGCGCCGCUCGCGCCUCAACGGGCUGGCGGCGCAGCGCGCACGCGCGGCGCGGGACUCGCUGUCUCUGAGCAGCGGCUCGGGGGGCGGCUCGGCUUCGGCCUCGGACGACGACGCGGACGACGCGGACGGGGCAUUGGCGGCCGAAAGCACGCCUUUCCUUGGCCUGCGCGCGGCGCACGACGCUCUGCGCUCGGACUCGCCGCCGCUGUGCCCGGCGGCCGACAGCAGGACUUACUACUCCCUGGACAGCCACAGCACGCGGGCCAGCAGCAGACACAGCCGCGGGCCGCCCCCGCGGGCCAAGCAGGACUCGGCGCCCCUUUAG